CCGGUGAACGUAGAGACGCGCUCGUCUGGGGCUUCCACGGCGAGAAAAUUAUGCGCAUUGACACGUUCACGAUUAUUUACUCGCGACCUGGAAUUUCUCAUCUGUGAAUUGUUAAUUGUUUGUUGGGGGCCGCGGGGAGGGAGAGGAGGGGCAUAGACUCACUGGGUGUUGGUAGAUAAGGUGACUGAUUAUCGACGAUUUUUCGAAAUCGAGAAAUUUCGUGGAUGGAGAAGUAUUUUGUGCGUCAGUUGCACACCACAAAGUUGAAAAAAAACACCUCUACGAUUGGUAAUUGUACCUUGAAACAUCAGUGAAAAAUUUCAGGAAUUUUAGAGUCAAAUGGGCCGCGAAUGAAAGCGAUUGAGAGAUCACGUCUAAUAAUAGUUCCCAACGCAUUGCAAAAUCGUGCAUAAAUCCGUGCUGUCUAAGGGCGGCAGAUGGUGGAGUUGUGAUAAAGAAAAUGACGGGAAGGAGGGGGGGGAAAGAUAGUAACAUCGGCCGAAUAACCCAGUGCCCGUAUAGCGGUCGCGCGCACAACCGCAGGGACUGCAUGCGUCGGCUGGAUUAUGUUGUUGUUAUACAUGCACACACCGAAAAAUAGGCGGCCGUACAUACGAGUGAAAUACGGGUCGUCGAGUUGGUCGAUACGGGCCGCACUCCACAUGCCCAGUGAAUAUGCAUUAAACCGGUGUCUGUAUUUUCAGGGUAUGUGCACUGGGAAAGAGGUUUUUGGCCGCUGUAUGAUUAACCCCAUGUGUCACCUAUAAGAGGGGCGAAGGGGGAUGAAGUCGAACCGCGCAAUCCCGUAGUCAUGCCAAAAUUGAGGGGCGGGAAGGACUCCCAGGCGUCGGAGUGUCUUAUCGUGUAUCGGGUUCGAUGUUCGAGGGUUAUCCUGAAUAAUUCUAGACUUAUGUUGCUGUUAAUAAAUUUUUUAUUGAGGUAUCAGAAGGGAUCAACUGAAAAAUAGACUGACAAACAUUCGGGACCCACAAAACAAUUGAAUUUCCCCUCCGAAAGGACCUCAACAACUCCACGAAUUCACAAACUUUGCGCGGAAAUCUUUUUCCCCUCUUCUAUUUUUUAUUAAGGGUAGUGGGUCAGCGAGUCAAUGCACCCUGGACGUCGGGUCUUCGACCCGACGGCGUUGCACAAGUUUCACGUGAAUUUAAUACCAAAUAAUACGACACGUGAUGUUUACAUGGGGGUAUCACGUACGGCUGUCGCACAAACGCUUGAAAAAUUGUCAAUCGAAGGUGGAAUGAGUAAUGGGGAAGGGCGCAGCGACGGGGAGUGUCUGCAUUUUUUUUUUACUUUCCGAGUGGACAAUCGUGUUCCGGAUAAACGAGUGUCGUGUACUAACAGUGGAUUAUGACGUUAUAGGCAAUUCAAGACGGUGCGCACGAUUCUAACGUUGGGGGUACUACCCCGGAAUGAGUGAGAGGUGGGGUUGGCGCGAAAUACGCGCGGCGAGGAGGGAUCGGGGGUUGUGACGGCUCAGUAGGGGUCGGGAGCCCGAGCGACGAAGGUGGUUUUUCGGUGCGUCGCAUCACGCGUCGGUGCGCUUUGUUGAUUAUUGGAGGAUCUGUCGGAGGAUUUUUUUUUUCGUCGUAAAAAAUAUUUGAGUUUGAACGUUUUAAAGCUGACAUUUCCGGAAAAAAGCGUUUUCAAAGUAAUAAAAAUUCCUAGUGUAUCUCAACUGGAAGCCGCCUCAAAACAAAAAAGCUCACAACCCCGUGAACAAGGGUUCUAAUCUCCAAAUUACCAGUGAUGAUCGCUCAAGAUGCGGCAGACGAACAAUAAAUAUCCGAAGCUUCCGAACAAGGGGCGCCAUACAUCAGACUCGGGCAUCGAUUAUGUAGCCGCUCUGUUCUGUUAAUCAAAAAGCGAUCGUUCUCUUUCCAUCGUGGCUCAAGGCCGUCGCGAUAAGCGACUCGUCGAACAAAACGCCCGAGUGAACGACUCUCGAACAAAAUAGAGAAAUAAAUAAUCGGAGGUAUACAUCUAGGCGAGUAGACGUACGCCGAGGGAAACAAUAUCCAGUGGAUCGGAAAACAUGUGGCCUGAAUAUGUCUGAGGAUGAACAGACCCGCGGCUAUUUAUUUCGGUGAACUGUCGUAGUACUGGGGGAGUGAAGCAGCCACUGCGAUUGUAACUCGAUCGAAGGAUAAGUUUUAAUCGAAACGGGACGGCGGGAGGGUCCGGAGGGCUAGCGUCAAGGGCUAUGCUGUGCCUCGAUAUGAAAUUGGUGUCGAGAUUGAGGGGUUUGUCCACGAAUUCGUCAGCCGGUAGUGCCAACUCCAACUCGGGAACCGCUGUCUCCCUCACCAGCCAGGCUGGAGAGAAACAGAGACGAAGGUCCAGUCGGGGAAGCAAUGCCAGUCCUUCGGUCAGUGAUCGCGACAGCGAUGAGGACAUUCCCAGUGUUCCCAGGAUUGUCAGGGAUCGAUCGAGAUCUGUUUGCAUGCCAGUACUCACCAGCUCCCAGAUGAGACAUCUGCAUCGACGGGCCAGUCAUCAUGUAUCAUCAACCGACACGACCUCACGACGAGGAGUUCUAUCCCGACGGUGCUAUGGCAGCGUUGAAAUGCUGCCGCAAAUUGAACAGGAUGGCAUGGAGAAUGGGCGAAGAUUCAGGGUGGAGAAUGGCGAUUCACCCGGGGAAAAAGAAGAGAUGUUUGGCUCACCCAGUACACCAGUCCUUGAGAAUCCCGAAUAUCAGACCCGCUGGUACUUCAAAUAUUUCCUUGGAAAGCUUCAUCAGAAUUACGUGGCGUCAGACCACGAGAGAAACCCGCUGUUCCUGUCUGUUGUUUUGAGCGACGGAGGGGAUCAAUGUGUGCCUCAUUAUCGAGUGAUUCUCUGGAGGCGAACGGGCGCGCAGAAGAUAUCUCUCCCCUACUCGUCGAACAAAUCAAUGACGGUGAAGCAAAUUCUGAGUAAUUUCUUUGGAAUAGAAAAAUUUGACAAAGCCCCACGGGAGAUAUUUUCCCCGGAGAUACAGAAGGACCUCCUCCUGUUGGAAGAACAAGAGGGCUCCGUGAAUUUCAAAUUCGGUGUUAUAUACGCCCGGGAGGGCCAGACAUCCGACGACGAGAUGCUGUCCAAUGAGAGAGCGAGUCCGGGCUUCGAGAGGUUCUUGGAGAUUCUCGGGGAGAGGAUACGCCUCAAGGGUUGGGACAAGUACAGAGGUGGUCUAGACAUCAAAGGGGAUAUGACCGGCAAAGAGAGCGUCUACACGGUUUAUGCCGGCCACGAGGUCAUGUACCACGUCAGUACGAUAUUACCUCACUCUAAGGACAAUCCUCAACAGUUGGAGAGGAAGAGGCACAUUGGCAAUGACAUUGUAAAUAUCAUAUACUCGGAUGAUCCGUCCGUAUUGGAAACGUUCAAUCCGAACUGCAUAAGGAGCCAAUUUACUCACGUCUUUGCGGUGGUGACGACGGAGGAGAACGGCCGUUGGCGAAUAGCGAUAUACUGCGACGAGAGUGUUCCCUUGUUCGGCCCAAGUUUGCCCUGUCCACCGGUGUUCGAGGACCCGUACAUUUUCCGGGAAUUCCUUCUCGUGAAACUCAUUAACGGUGAGAAAGCCACGUUCGACACACCAACCUUUUCACGGAAACGCGAGCGCACCCUCGACGCACUCCUCCGUGAUUUGUACCAGGAGCACACCCAGGACGCCAAGGGGAACGUAAGUUCAAGUAUGCUGAACAGACGUGCGCUGUCGGAUGUGGUUGAAACUCCCGGAAGAAGGAGAGAGGAAACACGUGUUGUGGAGAUGGUUAGAGUUGGCCAAGCUCUCAAACUCGAAGCGAUAGUACGAGGUCUAGCGCCAACAUCACUAGCAACCGUUGGCCCACUGAAGCCCCGACCCUGGGAGCCCCGCUGCAUAUAUCCCGAUUUUUCCCACGACGUCCUCUGCGGCGACAUAUGGUCCGAGAAUAAAUUGGUACUCGCUACUGACAAUGGAACGUUUCUCGUCGAGGACGGAAUGGAGAAUAAAAUACUCUUCGACAGGACAGUCCUGAUCAAACAGCUUGAUGUCGUCGAGCAGCACGGAAUCCUGCUGUUUCGCGCCGGCGACAAGGGAAAAGAGUGCGGCGUGCACGUCUAUCGACUGAGCGAGCUCGACGGCGACGAGGCCCACACCAUUGAUGAUUACUCCUUCGAGGAGGACGAUGAGGUCCUGGAGAGCUUCGGCACACGCACGACGACACCCAGGCCCCAGAUCACGCGGACGCGGUCGCACGUUAAGGAGAGAAAAUUGGAGAGAACGCGGGGGUGUCAUCUGUACAGUUUAACGCGACCUGGGGGCUCGCACCUGAGGAUGUGCGUCGCCGUCGGGAGGCGGCUGACUCUCCUCCAGUGGAAGCACAACGCUGCAUGGACUACGUGGUGCUCAGCAGCUGAUACUGACACUGUUGAUGGAUUUUUACUCGUCAAGGAGUUCAAUGCCUCGGAGCCGCCGAACAUCGUUACCAUCAUCGAGAGCACCGACGGGGGAAACGAGUGGUUGCUCUGCUGCGGACUGCGACAUCAUUUUGAACUGAUUUCUGGUGAUGGUGGGACCAGGUCCCUUCAUGUCGAGGCGUCCAUGAAGCCCCAUAUCAUCGCGGCACUCGAUCUGAGGGAGGACGAGGAACCUGAGGUUCUGCUUUGUUACAAUAACACUUGUCAUUUUCAAAAAUUAUCGGAGGAGAGCGCCGCUUCGACGGAGUUUGAUUUCAAUUGGAAUUCGGUACCAAUAGCUGUUGCAUGUGCCUUUCCAUAUGUUAUCGCCUUCACUGCUGAUACGAUGGAAAUACGGUUAAUUAUUAAUGGUAAUCUUGUUCAUACUAUUGCUAUGCCCAAUUUAACGCUUAUCAGCUCCAAGAGGGAUAUUUAUUUUGCAACAACUGCACCGGAGUUCUUGGCGAAGUGCGAGAGAAUGCGAGUUGAUACGAGGGAGAAAGAGGACAGGAGUGGAAGCCCACCAUCAUCGCAGUCUAGUCUGUCGAACUCCCAAAACGACGGGAAACCACUGAGAAUCUACACAAUACCCCUGCACACCCUGUCGAGACCGACGUCGAAAUCUAGUAAUCGAGGGCGCUGCACAAGCCCGGUUGAGCCGGAGAUAGUGAAUACCCAGCCCCAAUGUGAUCCCAAUUUUCUGAGUGUCGAGCCGCAUAGAUUGCUGAGUCGAUCGUGCAGCAGCAGUCCCACACCAAAUCUCGGCGCAUCAUCGGCAUCUACCCCGAGCAAAUAAAAAAGGUAACGAACAAAAUGCGAGCAGUCGUAAAAUACACGGAGGUACUUCCUUGUCCGAUCAUUCCGAUGUGGGGACUCCGGAAUUGAAUCGGUUCACGUCCACAAUGGUCAGCAGGAUAAUGGCGAUGUAGAGGGUGGUGUGGAAUGUUUUUUUUUUCAGUCGUCUUGUGGAUGGCACAGCGCAGUGCGCUGACGCCACGUGUUUUGCUGGAUCGAAGUGGUCAAAGUUGACGAGGGGGGCUAAUGAGAAAAAUUCUACUUUUAGAAGUGUCUAGGUCUAUUGUCCACGAUAAUGUGUUAUAAAUUACAAAAUAUUGUUACACGAGCUGUCGUGUGUCAUUGUAAAAAUCAAAUUGAAAAAAAAAGAUUCUUGAAACAAAGUUAUUGAAUAAAGAUCUUAAAUUAUGUUCUGAAA